AUGCGUUUUGGAAUUGAAACAAUUCUUUCAUCAAAAGAAUCAAAAAAUUUAGAAGAAGAAAAUAAUAAUAAUGAAGAUAAACAACAAAAUAAUAAACGUUUAAAAAAACAAAAAAGUUUAAAUCUAAUUUCUUCUUCAACAGAUUUACUUCAAAUUCCUUCAACUUCCUCAAUUAAUUCUUUAAAAUAUAAUGUUGUUGAAGAAAAAGAUAAAUUAUGGAAAAAUGAUGAAAAUAAUGAAGAAGAGGAAGAAGGAAUGGAGGAAUUUGAAAGUUUGGAAGAAAAAAUGUUUGAAGAAAAUAAUAGUACCAACAACAACAACAACAAUUCAAAAAAGCCCCCAUUCUCCUAUAUUGCUUUAAUAUCAAUGGCAAUAGUUAAUUCCAAACAAAGAAGACUUACACUUUCACAAAUUUGUGAUUUUAUUAUGGACAAAUUUGAAUAUUAUCGAGACAAAUUCCCGGCCUGGCAAAACUCUAUUCGGCAUAAUUUAAGUUUAAAUGAUUGUUUUGUUAAAUGCCCGAGAGAACCUGGAAAUCCGGGAAAAGGAAAUUAUUGGGCACUGGACCCUGCCGCAGAAGAUAUGUUUGAUAAUGGAAGUUUUUUGAGAAGAAGAAAAAGAUUUAAACGUUUAUUAUAUUCUUCAAAUAAUUCUUCCUCUAAUUUAUCAUCCCUCUACUCCCAACAACAACACCCACAAUCUUCAAAUUCUUCCUCAGAUAUUUCUUCAUUUUUAUUUAAUUGUUGUUCUUCUUCUACUCUUCCCCCUUCAUUUCUUCUUCAAUCAAUUAAUUCCUCUACUUCAAUUCCACAAACAUCCCCCCAACAACCUUUAAUUUCAUCUUUUUCUUUAUAUCCACAACCUCCACAACUUCCCCCUCCCCUCCCCCUCCCAACAACAAACAAAUAUUCUUCCUCGUCUUCUUCAAUUAUUAAUUGUGAAGAAAUACAAAAUAAUAAUUGUAUAAUAAAUACAGUCAACAACGAUUUUUGUAUUAUUGAUCAACAAAAAUCACAAAAAGAAGAAUGGAAUAUAGAAGAAAAGGAAAAGGAAAGAAUAAAUUGUUGGAGGAAUAAAUUAUUUAAUCAGAAAAGAAGAAAAAGGAGACAAAAAGCAGAAAAAGAUAAAAGAAAAUUAAAAGAAGAUAAAAAUAAAAUAAUUAAUGAAAGAGAUAAUUGUUGUGAUGGUGGGGAAGGGAAAAGGGAUAUUUAA